CCCGGCUAGCAAUCACGCAAUCCACGCCAACACCGCAACGAGCACACACGCAUGCACCAUGGUCCAGCUCGAAUACUCGGUCAAGACGCCGUUGAAUCGGGAACCAGAGCUUGAGAAGCUGGUCUCGAGCUUCAUAACGGAAGAUGGCUACGACCGCAACCAUGGCCCAAUCCCUCACCUCGACGUCGCUACCCACCGCGUCUCAGUCUACGGUUCAGUAAAGCAGGAACUCUGUCUCAGCAUCCAAGACCUCGAGGCGCUUCCCCAGCACAACGUUAUAUGCGCGCUGCAAUGUGCGGGAAAUAGACGGCAUACGAUGCGCACAAAGUUGAAAGAAGUGAGCGGGAUUGAUUGGUUUGAUGGCGCGGUUAUGAAUUGCAAAUGGACAGGUCCUCUUCUCAAAGACGUCCUCGAAAACGCCGGCAUCAAUCUCCCAAGCGACAAAUGGAAAGAUGCACACGUCGCAUUCGCUUGCUUCCAGACGCCCACGCAAGACGACGAAUGGUAUGGCGCCAGCAUUCCCUUAUCCCGGGCUUUGUGCCCUUCAGCCAGAGUUCUGCUCGCCCUCGAGAUGAACGGUAAGCCGCUCUCGCCAAAUCACGGCGCACCUGUUCGCAUCGUUACGCCCGGAAUCGCCGGUGCGAGAUCCGUGAAAUGGCUUGAUAGGAUCACGGUGCAGAUGUGUGAAAGUGCGAACUAUUACCAACAACAUGACUACAAGAUCCUCCCACCCGAAGCCGACUGCGCUGAAACGGCGGAGAAGUGGUGGGACAAAGUCCCCGCUAUUCAAGACAUGCCUGUGAAUUCUGUGAUUGGGGUGCCGAAGAAGGAUUCCACGGUUCAUCGUGAUAGCCAGGGGAAAGUCGAGGUGAAAGGUUACGCUCUUCCUUCUGGGGAGGAUGGGCCGGUGGUGCGUGUUGAGAUCUCGGUUGACGAUGGCUGCACUUGGACAAACGCCGAGCUGUUGACCCCGAAUGAGGCCGACGAUGCGGAUAGUUUGAAGUGGGCGUGGUGUCUAUGGAAAGCGCGAGUCGAGAUGGAAAAAGGGAAAGACAAGAAGAUAUUGAGCAGAGCAACAGACAAAGCGGGUAACGUGCAGGAGCAUUGCCCAAAAUGGAACUUCAGAGGUGUAGCGUAUAACGGGUACGGAGAGGUAGUGGGGUUAAAAGUCGUUUGAGCGACAGACGGCGCUCAUUGGACUUGAAUUGGAUAUCAUGUUUGGAUUUGCGGCGUUGAGGGGAGAAGUCAUACCUUCCG